GUUAAUUGAAUAAAUACAAGAAUACACAACUUAUAUAUUGUCUUAAAGUUUAACAUAUUAUCAAUUUAUAAAAUAGAAUAGAUAAAAUAUAACAUACGGAAAGGGGGAAUAAAAACGAACGGUGUAAAUUUUGGAGAAACAUUCGACCCACUACCCAGUCAAUUUAUCCAAAAAAAGAGACUCCCAUCCACUUCCAGUCAACACGGCAUUGACUUUAGUCAAGUCAUUUGACCUACGUCAAUACUUAAAAAGAGAGGCAAUUGAUACAAUUUCGAAGAAGUUUCUGUGCUUGUUGCAGGAAAAUGAGUUUUUAUGGUUCCAUGAAAGUGAGUAGAAGGAAUUGGAUCUAGAGGUGAGCACGUAUACAUGGAAUUGUGUGGAGUUCAGACGCUGCGCCGCUCAUCGCCUAAUUUCAAAACCCUUCAUUUGGUGAGACAUGCACAAGGAAUCCACAACGUAGAAAUAGAGAAAGGAGAAUUGACUGCUUUAUCUGGCAAGCUGUUUGAUGCCCAUCUCUCUCUAACGGGUAUUCAACAGGUUUCUGACAUGAGGAAAGAAAUCAGUAAAUCAGGAUUACUAAACACUGUCCAGUUAGUGAUUACCUCUCCACUGCGCAGGGCAAUGCAAACUUCAGUUGGAAUAUUUAGGGGACAAGAAGAUAUGAAUCAAUCCGAUAUCUUUCCAAAAGUUAACAACUCCCCUCCAAUUGUAGCACUUGAGAUUUGUAGAGAACGCAUGGGAUUAUAUCCGUGUGAUAAAAGAGAAAGUAUAAGUACCUAUCGCACUUAUUUCUCAGAGAUCGACUUUACAAUGAUAGAGAGUGAUGAAGAUGCUGAAUGGCAAGCAGAGGAGAGGGAAGACAUGGAAGAGGUUUCUGCUAGAGGCCUUCACUUUCUCAAAUGGUUAUGGGAGAGGCCGGAGAAAGACAUUGCAGUUGUUAGCCAUGGGAUAUUUUUGCAACAAACACUACGUGCGCUGCAUGAAAAAGUUGGCACACCUGUUGAAGAAAAUCAUCUUAAAAGGUUUGCCAACUGUGAACUACGGUCAAUUCGGCUCGAGAAGAGUGACAUGGAAGCAUAUACACUAACGCCUUACAAUAGUAGAAAAUACGUUACUCCACCUUCAACCUCCAUUCACACGUUUGAAUAGACAAGGCAUGCACAUGCAUGUGAAUUGUGUGUGUUUAUGUUUUCAUGCCAUAUAUGCACAUAACGCUUGAAUAUUGGAACGAGUAAAGCAUUACGUAGCUAAUAAAACCACCGCCGAUCAUCAUUUCGUCUAUCGUGGACAGGCAUAUGCCAUGCGUGUGAAACUCUUUCUUUUGUUAUUUCUGUUUUGUUUUCAUUAAUAAAGGUUAACUUCUUGUGAAUUUCUCUGUAUUCAUAUUUUUUUUACUUAAAUUGUUGUUGCUUAUUUUAACAAACAAGGUCUGUCUGUGUUUGUGGUUGUUGUCGAUUUUAUUUUAAAAACUAGGUUAAGACUCGCGCUUCGCGCAGGAUAAACAUUAUAUACAAAAUU